GGGACUUUGGGAGAGAAACUGCAACACGCAAAGAUCUGAGAGGAGAAGAAAGUAAAUGGAGAAAGAGACGGAAGCAACGAAAGACGAGCCGGCAGCGCCGGCGCCAGCCCCCAGAGUCGCCGUGGUAUUGUUCCUGCUAAAGGGCAAGUCAUCAGUUCUCUUGGGUCGCCGCCGAUCGUCUAUUGGAGAUUCCACCUUCGCUCUCCCCGGCGGCAACCUCGAAUUCGGGGAGGGCUUCGAGGAGUGCGCAAUUAGAGAGCUGAAGGAGGAGACGGGGCUGGAAGUCCAGAGAACAGAGUUCCUGACGGUCACAAACAACGUGUUCGUCGAAUCCCCCAAACCCUCUCACUACGUCACCGUUUUCCUCCGCGCCCGGCUGGAUGAUCCGAAUCAGGUUCCGCGUAAUCUGGAGCCGGAAAAGUGUCACGGCUGGGAUUGGUACGAUUGGGGCGACCUCCCUUCGCCGCUCUUCUGGCCGCUCGAGAAGAUGGUGAAAAGUGGGUUCAAUCCUUUUGCUAAAAUUCCAUCUUAGGAGAAGCAAAUAUGACCCGACUCUCACUCACUGACUUCUGCUGCUGCUGCUGCUGAUGCUACUAUCGUGUAAUUUUUCCUCUGUUAUUUUCAGCUGUGUGGUUUGCUUUUGUACUAGAUCUGAUUGUUAGAGAAGUAGCAGGAUGAGUUUCAGCUUAUGAAAUUGAGAAAAAGCUCCGUUCUUUUUGCUUGUUGUUGUUGACACGUUAGGCGAAAGUGAAACUCUGGAAAUAGAAAAAGUCCUCAUAUAAGUGAAUCCUGAGCCAAGUGGAGAAUCUUGAGAUUCCAUUUCCCUGACACUUGCUAGUUAGUUGUCAGCAGAAUCCAUUUCCCUUCAAACUUGUGCAACACGGUGAUCCCAAUCCCUUAAGAUCAUUGUCUUUUCUGAGAGAUCCUCAAACAUAUAUGCUGUAUAAUCUCUAGUGGGAUUAAAUGACAGUCUCAUAAUUGGUUUGAAGUUCACCUAGUUCUCAUAAUACCAAUUACCAUGUACUCGGUUAAAAUUGAUAAUAGUGAAGGAUGCAGGAUUGAAGAACGAGACACAGGGUAUUAAAAAAAAAAUAACCAGUAACUCGUAAUUAUUGAACAUUAGCCAAGAAGAACUGAAUCUUAAAUCCCAAACACCUUCCAAAUCCUUUACUGAUGGUUCAGAAACUCUUUGAAGUUGAGAGGAACUUCUGGUCAAAGCUUCAGCUGAUGUUUUUUUGGCUCAUUAACUGAGAUAAAAUUUGGUGGAUAACCCAACUGCUAAUAUGACUGUAAUCUGGGUUCUGGAAAUGGGGAAUUGGAGUGAUCGUGAUUCUUGUACCCAAUGCAUUGGCUUAAUUAAUUUGGUUAGGCUGAUCAAAGUACGAUUUUGGGCACUCUUCUCCACCUCAUCAUGGGUUAGUGAUACGGCCCAACCUCUGGGCUCUAGGCCCGCUUGAGGCUUGAGUGUCUUGCCUAAACACACCCUCAUUUUCAAGGUUGUCAAACCGGUUUAAGUCAUUGAGCCGGUUAAAUAAGGGGUUUGAAGUUUAAUGGUCUGAUCGGGGUCCGGCCGAUUUGAGCCGUUUUAAACGUUUUCAUAAUUUAUAUACAAAUAAGGCAGUAAUUAAAGAUUUAAUGGCUGAAAUGAAAUUUAUCUUACAUGUAUCUAUUAAGAACUUAUUUUCCACAAAAUAAAACUACAUUUAUCCACGACCCACCCACCGUCUCCCUUCCUUCGUUCCUCUUCCUCUCUUACCCCUGCCUCUCUUCUUCACUCUCUUUAAGCGUCGAAUCAGGGACUUUUUGGAGGCCGUUUUGAAGCCCGGCUUAGGUCGGACCAGGUCCAAUUAGGGGUCCGAUAAGGGUUUAACAACCUUGCUCAUUUCGAACCAUGAGAGAAAUGAAGGAUCUAGAAAGAACUUUGACAGACACACAACUCCUCAUCUAUGAGUGGGGAAAUCUUAAUAGUUUCGUGCCAGCAUCAAUAUUAAAAGAUAAAGAAUAUUUAUAUUGAUUUGAAAUUUAGAUAUUUGUAAAAUUUAUAGUAAAAUUACAUCAAUACCUAUAUGAUAACGAUAAUGUAGUAAUCUUUAAUUAACAUUCUCGUGAUGCAUCUAUUAGAAUUGACAUAAUUCAUGGAAUAUAGAGCCCAUGUUUGGCCCGGCUUUUAGAAGUGCUUUUCGGCUUCAAAAGCUGAAGCAGGGCCAAACACCUUUAAAAGCUCGGCUUUUGAAAAGCCGAAAAGCGCUUUUGUAUAACAUAAAAGCAGAAGCUCCAAAAAAUCUGUUUUGAAAAUACAAGAUUAUCCUUACCAUAUUUUAAUUUUAUUUCAGAAAAUAUAAUUUUCCUUCAUUUAUAUCAUUUUAAAAAUAAAAUAAAUUAUAAAAU